AUGUCAAUAGUUGGGCCCUACUGUACCAGUUCCCGUAUCAACCUGGCUCAAUGCGAGCUGUACCUGCUGGUCUCUGCUCUGACGCUGCGUGUUCUGCCCCACAUGGAGUUGUUCGAGGCUACGGAGAAGGACGUCAAGUACGACCGUGACAUGUUUAUCCCGCUGACCAAAUCGUCGAGUAAGGGCGUGAGGGUCACGAUUUCUUAG